ACUUUCCAAACAGUAAUUUUUGGAUCAGUCAUAGAGGAGGUCUUCUUAGCUCAAUCAAAUUUUAGAAAGCUUGUUUCGGUGGAGGUCUCUGCAUGCAAAGCAACAAAAAGGAACGUCUUCAAAAAGAAUGCCAAAAAUGGUCCAUCUUCUCCCUUAUUGCACUCGCUUCCCAGUUGCAGCAAGCCCCUCUAAAGGGCGCUACACGCCGCCCCUACUAGAGCGUGUACCACCCUCCACCAUCAUCACCACCACCACCUCCACCUCUUGCUCUCUCUAUGGCACAUAUGCCCAACUCUACUAUUUUUCCAUAUUUGUUCCUUUUGCUUUUCUUUCACCUUGUUUCCUUGUCUGGGUUUGUCUCCUCAGAAGACUCGCAGGCCGGCAUCCUCUUAAAGUUCAAGGAUUCCUUACAAAACACGGAUGGUUUAUCCAGUUGGAAAGAUUCGUCCACUCCAUGUAACGGCAACCUUGAAAACUGGGUUGGUGUUAUGUGUGAGAAUGGAAGCAUCUGGGGUUUGAAACUUGAGAACAUGGGGUUAAAGGGCAGCAUCGAUGUGGGUGUGCUGAAGGACUUGCCAGGGUUGAGAAGUUUGAGUUUGAUGAGCAACAAUUUUGAAGGGUCGCUUCCUGAUUUUGGACAGCUUGGUGCAUUGAAAUCCUUGUAUUUGUCGAACAACAAGUUCUCCGGGGUGAUUGCUGAUGAUGUUUUCUUGAAAAUGCUGUCGUUGAAGAAAGUGCAUUUGGCCCACAAUCAGUUUACGGGUGCCAUUCCUCAGUCAUUGAGGUUCUUGCCUAAGCUUAUGGAGCUGAGGCUUGAAUCCAACGACUUUCAAGGGAAUAUACCAGAUUUUCUGCAGAAAACUUGGCUGUCUUUCAAUGUCUCUAACAAUGAAUUGAAUGGCCAAAUCCCAACCAGCCUUAAUAGUAUGGAUAAAAGCUCUUUUGCAGGCAAUAAAGAUCUGUGUGGAAAGCCGUUAAAAUCAUGUUCCUCAGAUAAGCCGUCUCUUAUCAGCAUCGUUGUGGUCGUGAUAGUUGUGUUUGUGGCAUUAACAGCCAUUUGUGCAGUGGUGUUUAUCCUUUGCCGCAGAAACCAAUAUAACUCGUCCUCGUCAUCAUCAAUAGAGGCACCAAGGCCUAUUACAGCCCACAAGAAAAUAAGCGUUACGGAACAAAAUCAAGCAGCUGGGGCUGGCAGCACUCACACCUCCCCGGACCGCUCCACCAACGGAAGUACUUCCGGCGGAAAGAAAGCUGACAGCUUGAAGCUUUCGUUCGUGAGGGAUGACAGGCAGAGAUUCGACAUGCAGGACUUGCUGAGAGCCUCCGCUGAGAUCUUGGGAAGUGGCUGUUUUGGUUCUUCCUACAAGGCUGCUCUGCUCAGUGGACCCGUUAUGGUGGUGAAGAGGUUUAAGCAGAUGAACAAUGUGGGUAGAGAGGAGUUCCAAGAACACAUGAGAAGGAUUGGCAGGUUGAGGCACCCUAAUCUCCUUCCUCUGGUGGCCUACUACUACAAGAAGGAAGAGAAGCUCUUGGUUUCUGACUAUAUUCAAAAGGGAAGCUUGGCCGUCCAACUACAUGGAAACCAAGCUCUGGGACAGCCAUGCCUGGACUGGACAACCCGGUUGAAGAUCAUCAAAGGAGUAGGCAAGGGACUACUAUAUCUGUACAACGAGCUUCCAAGCCUAAUAGCAGCUCACGGCCAUCUCAAAUCCUCAAACGUCCUUCUCAACGAGAACUUCGAACCCCUUCUGACGGACUACGGUUUGAUACCAGUAAUCAACCAAGAACAUGGACAGGAGCUGAUGGUAGCAUACAAGUCGCCGGAGUACGCCCAAUACGGGAGGAUAACGAAGAAGACAGACGUGUGGGAACUAGGAAUGCUAAUACUAGAGAUGCUAACAGGGAAAUUCCCAGCAAGAUUUCUACAGAAAGGGAAAGGAAAUGAGGAGGAGGACUUGGCAGGGUGGGUAAAGUCAGUGCCAGAGGAGGAAUGGGGAAAUGUAGUGUUUGAUAAAGAACUUGGAACAGCCAGGAGCAGCAUUGGAGAGAUGCUAAGGAUGUUGAAGAUUGGUCUUGGAUGUUGUGAGGGGGAUGUGGACAAGAGGUGGGAUUUGAAGGAGGCUGUUAGGAGAAUUGAAGACGUUAAAGACAAAGAUGGUAUUGCUAAUACUACUUCUACUGAUCAUGAAGAUUUCUACUCUUCUCGUGGUAGUGAAGCUGAUAUGAGAUCUAUUAGAGGAUUGUCCGAUGACUUUAAUUUCUCCUGAAUUCAUUUCAUUUUAUUUGUAUAAAAUUCCCUCCCCACCCACCAUCCACCACCACACCCUCUCCAAAAGCAAAACAAAAGAAAAACUUCUUCAUGCAUUUUUUUAAUGGAUCCGGUUUUGAUUCACUUGUGGUACAAGAAAAAGAAAAAAACUGCAAAAAAAAAAAAAAAAAAAACCAAAAAUAAUAAUUCGUACGGUGCAUUCAUACACCUUACACUGAAAUUUUCUUUUUCUUUUCAAGAAAAAAAAAAAAAAAGAGAAAAA